AUGGACAGGAGCCUGGACGAGCCGAAAACGCAGGUCCCCGCCCCGGGCGCGCAGGAGGAGCCGCUGCUGCGAGAAAACCCCCGCCGCUUCGUGGUCUUCCCCAUCGAGUACCACGACAUCUGGCAGAUGUACAAGAAGGCCGAGGCCUCCUUUUGGACCGCCGAGGAGGUGGACCUCUCUAAGGACCUGCAGCACUGGGAAGCCCUGAAGUCGGACGAGAGGUACUUCAUUUCGCACGUCCUGGCCUUCUUUGCGGCGAGCGAUGGCAUCGUCAAUGAGAACCUGGUGGAGCGGUUUAGCCAAGAAGUUCAGAUCACGGAGGCCCGCUGUUUCUACGGCUUCCAGAUCGCCAUGGAGAACAUCCACUCGGAGAUGUACAGCCUCCUCAUUGACACCUACAUCAAGGACCCCAAGGAAAGGGAGUUCCUGUUCAACGCCAUCGAGACGAUGCCUUGCGUCAAGAAGAAGGCAGACUGGGCCUUGCGCUGGAUCGGGGACAAGGAGGCCACCUACGGAGAACGCGUGGUGGCGUUCGCCGCAGUGGAGGGAAUCUUCUUCUCGGGCUCUUUCGCGUCGAUCUUCUGGCUCAAGAAGCGAGGCCUGAUGCCUGGCCUCACCUUCUCCAACGAACUUAUUAGCAGAGAUGAGGUGAGUCUAGUUCAAGCCACAGGCCAACCUGCACCCCAAUACCAGCUCUCAGGCAUGUGCACGGAAGGGACCCAAGAUACUGGGUUGCCUUACAGCCACUGUCACGAGUUCCUCACCGAGGCCUUGCCCGUGAAGCUCAUCGGGAUGAACUGCACUCUGAUGAAGCGCUACAUUGAGUUCGUGGCCGACAGGCUCCUGCUGGAGCUGGGUUUCAGCAAGGUUUUCCGAGUAGAAAACCCAUUUGACUUCAUGGAGAACAUCUCAUUGGAGGGGAAGACGAACUUCUUCGAGAAGCGGGUGGGCGAGUACCAGAGGAUGGGCGUGAUGUCGAGUCCGACGGAGAACUCCUUCACCCUGGACGCCGACUUCUGAACGAACUGAAGGUCCGCUCUCAGCUUGUUGAUAUGUAUAUAUGUUUUUUUACCUUUUCAAAAAAAUUAGUGCCUUUAGUUCUUAUCAACUAGCUGAACAUUAACAUUCGUCAGUGACAUCUUUAAAACUAGCUACCCAGCAUGAGCCGAUGUGUUGACGGCCUCAGCUAGAGGGAGACUGUGGACAAAGCUCCUGUCCAUGUCUGACCAGCAGGC